AUGCCUCUCUCACACCAAUCCCAUUCAAAGCCCACCAAUCGGCCUUCUGUCUCGUCCAUAUCCCUGGAUAGCUCCAGCAUAUCUUCUCUAACCUACGCCGAUGAUCUUCAGGGCCUUAAACCGCUGCCUCAGGCCCAUGCGCCCCUCGCCUGCGUCGACCCUUCCCUCGCUGUGCCCUUUGACAUGUCCAUCCUCACUAUAUCCCACAAGCGAAACCACAACACAGUGAAGGCCGUCGUUGUAGGCGGUGGUAUCGCAGGUCUUGCGAUAGCCAUCAUGAUGGAUUUGGCUGGUAUGGAGUUUGAUAUUCUUGAGCGAUCGACUGGCAAUGAACCCACAAUGAGCAGUGCCAUCGCCCUAGGACCACCCGCCCUACGGCUCCUGGAACAGAUGGAUCUAUUACCCCAGAUUGAGCGUCACUCCAAGAUCGUAGCUGGAUUGACAAUCAUCGAUGGCGAGUGCAGGCGGCUAGAACGCGUCGAGGGCAUCGAUGGAGAGAGGUACGGCUAUCCUAUUCGUGUUAUGUCCCGCGAGGCGCUUCAUAAGAUCUUUCUGGACAGAGUACCUAAGUCGCAUCUACACCGCGGUAAACUUGUUGUUGAGACCCUUCAGAACCCCAAUGGCGUCUCAUGCAAGUGCUCCGAUGGCUCCACGUACUACGGAGACAUCAUCAUUGGUGCUGACGGCGCUCAGAGUCUGACACGGGAGAGGAUGUAUGUACAGUUGAGAGAACAGGGGAAAUUGCCUGAAGCCGAUAUGGAGGCCUCAUACUAUGGACACGUUACUAUCACAGGAAUCUCCGACCCACUUGACAAGAGCAUCUACCCUAUUGCUCAUGACAAAGAGUCCGAACUCCAAAUUAUGUACACCAAGGACGCACCCUACACGCUCUGGUAUGUACCAAUAGCAGACAACAGAGUGGCCUGGGGCCUUAACCAUUCAUCGGCACCAAAGUACAAACAGCACGCAUACUCUCGACCAUACAUUACUCCGGAGCUGCGAGAUUCACAGGAGCUCAUUGCCGCUGCCUCCUCCAGCCGGCCAUUUCCCACUGUCCCAGCUUUCACCAAACCCCAGCUAAAGGCGCCAUCGCUCUUGAGCUCGAAAUCCUCUCCAAAAAUGCACGAUGACUGGUAUGUGCCAGCCAGCAUUGACCUGGAGAAGGAUUUCAGCGAUUUGUUGGACAAACGUUGCGCGCUGGGUGCUGGUACUGUGCGAGACUUUGUUGCUCGUACACCCAAAAAAGCCAUCUCCAUGAUUGAUAAUGAGGAAAGGCUCUACAAGACGUGGUACAGCGGGCGUAUCGUCCUCAUCGGUGAUGCCUGUCAUGAGCACUUGGUCAUUGGAGGUCAGAGUGUGGUCCAAGGCAUAUUGGACGGCGUGUGUCUCGUGAACCUGCUGUAUGAUAUGGAGUUCAACGGGCCUUCAGAGUUUUCAAAGGCCUUCAAAAAGUAUCAGUCAACGCGAAUUAGCGUUGCAAAGUCGUCAGUUGAGCAGACAAAUAUGAUAGAUAAGAUCUUUCAAAGCCAGGGAUUCAAGGCGGGCAUGGUACGCAAAUUUAUGUUCGGCAUCGUAGGAUCCUUCAACUUGAAGAACGACAAGCUCAACAAUAAUCGCCCGCAGCUCUCAUUCUUGCCCUUUGUGGAGGACUACGGUUCGAGCAAAGCCAACAGACAAAAGAUCUCGGCGCGGCUCUCCGGCAGCAAGACAUUUACAAUCUAA